AUGGCGCCCCCGCCGGCCCCCGCGGCCCUCAGGCCCGCGCCCCCGCCGGCCGCCCCUACGUCGUACGGCGUCUUCUGCAAGGGUCUGUCCCGCACCCUGCUCGCCUUCUUCGAGCUGGCCUGGCAGCUGCGCGCCAGCUUCCCGUACGUCUACGUGGCGGGCUCGGUGGUGCUCAACGUCCGCCUGCAGGUACACAUCUAGACCCCGCCGGAGCCGGCGUCAUGGCCGCCGCGGCGGCGGGCGGCGGGCGCCCCGAAGCCUCGCGAGGGGCCGCGGGGCCGGCCGCGCCUGCGCACUCGGCCCCUGGCGGUUCCUCCUGAUGGCCGGCGGAGACGGAGGACGCGAUACCGCGCCCUUCACACACGCGGGUGGAUGCACACACAGACGGACGUGGCGCGCCGAGUGAGGCCCGGACCCCCCCCCCCCCCCCGCGUGGGAACAGCAGGGACAGCAUUCCCGGAGGAAGUUGGACGGACCACAUACCCCGGGGCUGACUGACUCAAGGCGCCUGCGGGCCUCGCGCUCGAGGGAGGGACCCGGAUGGAGGGGGCGGGGCCGGGGUCACACCUCCGGUGGGGGCCACGUGGAAUUCCCGCCAAAACCUCGCGGCGCCGGAAGUGGAGCCGCGGCGGGGUAGAAAGGGGGGGGGGGAGGAGGGGGUCAGGGACUUCCGCCUCGGAAGCCGGAGCGGGUGUGGGGGGGGCCGGAAGCCAGUGCCAGGCGUGGCCGCGACCAGGACCGACCCCACUCAGACGAGGGCAGCGUGGCGUCGGCAGGAGAGGCCCGCUGUCAGGGUAUGUGCCCGGUGUGGGGGGGACGCGUGUGAUACACACGCGCAGCGGAUGCGUGUACGCACCGAGGUCAUUGCACACCUGGAAAGGUCGGAAACGUGUGAGCCAGCGUGCACGCCCGUGCGUGGAUCCCGAGGAGCGCUGCGGGACGCAGGGGGGACGGCGCCUGCCCCGGACGGCCUCCGUCCCUGCAGCGUUCCCUUGGUCUCUCUCCGCUCCGAUUCAGAAUGCAGAUCUCCCUUUGGAAGGGUCCUCGGCUGGUUCAGAGUCGGUGCGGCCCGCGCGGGGUUCUGCAGGCCUCCGUGAGAACGCGCACUCCGGCCCCGAGGGUGCCCAUCAGAACUCGCAAGCCCUCGGUUUCCUUAACUGUGAAGGCCAAACGCGUCCACCCAGAAAGGCUCGAGGACUCAAGAUGAGACUGCCUUCCCUUCUGGGCAUGUGCACAGCGAACGAGCUGUUCCCGCAAGUAGAACACUGCAAUGUGAAUAAAAUACAACGUUAUAGAAAGCA